GAGAUAGAGAGAGAGAGAGAGAGAGAGAGCUGCAGCUGAACUGCUGAUGUCAGUAGCUUUGGUUCACUGCUGCAUUCUCAUGGUGCAGGGCGGACCGCUCUCAGCCUCCUCACCUCAGCUCCAUCCGCUCUCUCACUCACACAUGCAAACUGCCCCGACAACAUCACCAUGCGAUCUGUUAUUACACGCUACGCUGUGAUCGCGUCCACCGUGCUGCUGUGCUUACUGCCGUCGGGACACACGGGCAAAAAGGCAGUGAAGUGCCCUCCAUCCUGCAGCUGCUCCAAGGAGUCCAUCAUCUGCGUCGGCUCUACAUAUGUUCCGCGGAUCACACCGAGCGAUGUCAGCUCACUGAGCAUUGUGAAUGGGACCUUCUCUGAGGUCAGGGAGGCCAUGUUCGCACACCUGCCAUCUCUCCAGCUGCUAUUACUUAAUUCAAAUUCUCUUACCACAAUUAAAGAUGAUGCAUUCUCUGGUCUACCACACCUUGAAUAUUUGUUUAUUGAAAACAAUAAGAUUGAGACCACAUCAAAAUAUUCCUUUAGAGGACUCAGGGACCUGACCCAUCUGUCUUUGGCGAACAACAACAUCAAAGCCUUGCCAAGAGAUCUCUUCAGUGAUCUGGAGUCGCUAAUAGAGCUAGACCUGAGGGGCAAUGCGUUCGAGUGUGACUGCCGUGCUAAAUGGCUGAUGACGUGGCUGAAGAGCACCAACGCCUCAGUGUCAGAUAUCCUGUGUGCUGGCCCAGAGGAGAUGAAGGGCAAGAGGCUCAAUGACAUGACAAGCCUCCAUGAUGAGUGCAUCUCUACAGAUUUCAUUCCACUUCAGUCUGUGACCACUGAGUCUCUUUCUGUGGACACGUUCUCCCACAAGAAUGAUGUGUACGUGACCAUCGCUGCCCCUAAUAUAGAGAGCUGCAUGGUGCUUCAGUGGGACCACAUCGAAAUGAACUUCAGGAGUUAUGACAACAUUACAGGUCAGUCUAUUGUUGGUUGCAAGUCAGUGAUCAUCCAAAAUCUGGUAUUUAUGAUUGUUGCCCAGCUGUUUGGCGGUUCUCACAUCUAUAAGUUUGAUGAAGACCAAAGCAAAUUCACCAAAUAUCAAGACAUUGAAGUCUCCAAGAUCUCCAAGCCCAAUGACAUAGAGACCUUCCAAAUUGGUGACGAAUGGUUCUUUAUCAUUGCUGACAGCUCUAAGGCUGGUCUUUCAACCCUCUAUAAGUGGAACGACAAAGGCUUCUACUCCUAUCAAUCACUGCACGAGUGGUUCCGUGAUACUGAUGCAGAGUUUGUGAACCUGGAUGGCAAGGCUCACCUCAUUCUGGCUAGUCGUUCCCAAGUUCCAGUCAUCUACCAGUGGAGCAAGGGUGCACAGAAGUUUGUGUUGCAGGGUGAAAUCCCCAACAUGGAGGAUGUAGUGGCUGUCAAAGCAUUCUGGAUAAAAGAGGACCUGUAUCUGGCUAUGACGCGAUAUAUUGGUGACUCCAAAGUCCUACACUGGACUGCCAAGCAUUUCUCUGAGAUUCAGGCCCUUCCUUCAAGAGGUUCCAUGAUCCUUCAGCCGUUUUCCUUUAAAGAUCGUUAUUAUUUGGCUUUAGGUAGUGACUACACGUUCUCACAAGUCUACCAUUGGAAUGCAGAGGACAAGGUCUUUGAGCGCUUCAAGGAGGUCUACAUUCAGGCCCCACGCUCUUUUACUGUGGUCUCCACAUACCGCAGGGACUUCAUCUUCGCUUCUAGCUUCAAGGGAAGCACGCAGAUAUUUGAGCACAUCAUUAUUGAUCUGAGCCUUUGAGGUCUUAUAGACAACGUGUACAAAAUGUUGAAUGGAAGCAUUUCAGCAUCCUACAAUGUCUUCCAUUUAAAAUUGGAUAUUUUCCAAUGAAGGGGUAAAAAUGAUGGCUGUGAGUUCAGAAUAAUUUGUAGUUUGUGGUUUUAUCAGGUAUGUAAUGUAAAUUCAUGUGCAUGGUAAUUCAUGCAUUUGUAUGAGUUUUUCCUCUGUUUCUUUGCAAUUCAGCCUUUAGUCAUUUUUGUACAUCUUUAUAACAGAGAUGUUUUUCAACCCAACUGAAAAAAUAAGGAUAUUCAUGGAGCUUAGAUUGCUCUGAGCAGAGCUGCUUCAUUCUAGUCAAGUCAUUUGCAUAUCUUGACACUAACAGUAUCUUUAAGGACUUUACAUUUCUCCAGCAAUCAUGCUGUAGCACCUGCAUGAUACUGUUGCAAAGAUGAUUCAAUCCAGGCAUGCUGAAAAAUACAGAUAUUAAAAGAAAAACAGGUGACAAAGUCUGUAAUAUUAAAUACCCCAGUGUCUGUCACAGUUGACACUUAAUUUAUGUAUUCUUGAAUCAUUUUUAAAAACACACAUUAUUUUGCUGAAUAUAGGACCUGAUUAUUCAAAACCAGUUACGUACUAUUACAUGCUAAAUGCUGAAAAGUAUAUGUAAAUGUACAUAGUCAGCUAAAACUCAAAUUAUAUUUGGUACAACAUAGAUCCUGUUUUGCAAUUGUAUGAGUUUCAGAGCAAAUUCGUUUUACUUUGUAAAUGAAAAAAAGAAAAACACAAAGAAAUAUCUGAGACUUUUAUAUAGUAAAUCUAAACCCAUUUUCUGUUCCAUUUAUCAUUACAAAUCCCUACAUUUCAACAUUGGCCAGUAUUUUUUCAAGACUCAAUUACACUCUCAGCACGCUGUCAUAAUCUGUCUUAUGGCAAAAUAUUAGUGGAAUAGAGGUAUACAAAAG